AUGGAGGUUGAAGAAGAAGAAGACAACGGUGCCAGCUUGCAUACAGGGCGGGUUAGAGGAAGUGGGCGUUACGCGCUUGUUGGGAGAGUGUGGGUGAGGGUGCAUGAAGGGUAUCAUGGUGAUGCAGUUCUGCAGGACUGGAUGAAGAAGAUGAACAGAGGACUAGGACCCGAGAAAAGCUUGGUUUUUACGAGCGGUAGAAAAAUAAAGACGCGUUUGGGUGACAUCUUGAAUCUGACUGGACACAACAAGUGUGUAUCUGACACAUGGAUCCAAACUGGGAAAAAUGCACUAUGUGACAAUAUACAAUAA